AUGAAUAAUUUCACUUCAGUUUAUGAAAGUGGUCAACUUAACAACUGGGGCACAAGUUCUGUUCAUCAUAUUGAUAAUGUUUCUGAUAGUUUCAUGAGUAGUGAUAAAUAUGGAAAUUAUAUUAUCAUUCAUAAAAACGAAACAUCAAUUUUUCUUAGUAUAUUAGUAUUUUCUGUGUAUAUUAUCACUAUGCUAUCUUCUUUCAUUGGCAAUACAAUAGCAAUAUGUAUAUUUUUACGAAAACGUAAAAAAUUUGGCAUAAAAUAUCAUACUACAAUAAAACCAUUUGCCAGGACUGAAAAACUGGUAGAUUCAAAUUCAGAAAAUUAUCUACAGUCAUUAAAGAAUCGUCAAGUUGAUGGAAAUUAUGACACUUCAGCGAGUAAUUAUGAUCACAAUAAUUUUUUGAAAAAGAACCUGGAUAAUUCAAUAGAAAAAGCACCGAAGCACUUACACCAUGUUAUGAGAAACACAUACCAAAAGCAAACAUUUUAUAUGAAUGGAGCAUUUAAUUAUUAUUUAGCCAGUUUAGGAAUAUCUGAUUUAUUCAUGGGCCUUUUUUGCAUUCCGUUUACAUUUACACAAAUUUAUUUACAUCACUGGCCAUUUCCUGAUUUAAUGUGCCCAAUUGUUGUUUAUGUACAAAUGGUUAUGGUUACAGCCUCGUCAUUAACAAAUACAGUUAUUAGUCUAAACCGAUUAUUUGGUAUAAUAAGUCCAUUUAGAUUUGAUCAUUGGCCUAGUAGACAUCAAAAAUCAUUGACUAUCUGCAUAAUAAUAAGUAUUUGGGCUAUUUCACUUAGCGGUAGUACAGUACAACUGUUUGCAACCAGAACACAAAUACAAGAACAAGAUAAAAAUUCAUUAGAGCAACAAGAAGGAUAUUUAGCUGAUCGUAAACUAUGUCAGGAAUCAUGGGAUGGAGAUGACUAUAAGCGAUCAAUUUAUACAGUUGUACUUUUCUUAGUAAUCUACAUUAUCCCACUGGGAAUACAAACAUCAACCUAUGGAUAUAUUAGUUUUAGGUUAUGGAACCGCAAAACACCUGGGGAGUCAAUUAAAGGUGUAGAAGAUAUGCGGAUUAAAGAAAAGAAACGAAUCAUUAAAAUGUUGGCUUUCAUUGUCGCGAUGUUUGGUAUUUGUUGGCUUCCAUCACAUUUAUUCUUCCUUCUACAAGAUUUUAGUCCAUUAUUUCGCAAUAUGCCUGAAAAUACAACCAGACUUGUGUAUGGUAUGUGCCACUGGAUAGCAAUGUCGAACAGCUUUGUCAAUCCAAUUAUUUAUCUAAUCAUGAGUAAAUCGUUUCGGACUGAUUUCAAACAAAUAUUGAAGUGCAUAUUCCCCUGUUGGAAAUCACAUAAUCUAAAUUCUUGA